AUGAUUGAUGUACCUCUCAACUCUAUUGUGGAAAUAGUGUUGGUGGAUGAAGCAACCACAAAAAAUGAAGCUGUUCCACAAGCAAGGAUAAUCGGUGGACAUGAAGCUAAACCGAACAGUCACCCAUAUUUAGUAUCCUUACAAUUACGAUUUCUUUGGCUGCGUGGCCAUAUUUGUGGCGGGAGCAUCAUCAAAGAAAAUUGGGUACUAACAGCAGCCCAUUGUAUUCAAGAGUCAUGGCUUACAAGAUGGCUGCCUUUGGAGGCUGUUGCUGGAACAAACGAUGUUUAUGAUUUUGGAUCAUUAGCUCAAGUGAACUCAGUAGACCAAAGAAUACCACAUCCCAAAUACCAAGGAGAAGUGCAACCAAUACAGUUACCAUUAAAUAGUAAUAUCGAUGGCGAGUCCCUGCAAUUGGCCGGAUGGGGUGCGUUAAGAACAACAUCUUUCCUUCCAGAUUUGCCCAACAGAUUACAAGAAGUAGAAGUCAAAUACAUUUCUUAUGAUGAAUGCUUCAAAGCUGUUGCAGAACUUCUAGAAAACGAUGAACUUAAUCCACUUGACAGAAAUGCACACAUUUGUACUGGUCCUCUAUCUGGAGGUAUAGCAGCCUGUAGUGGGGAUUCAGGUGGACCAUUGUCAAGUAUACCAGUAAUUCGUGGUAUCGUCUCAUGGGGUAUAAGUCCGUGUGGUAUCGAUGGGGGUCCAACCGUAUUUACCAAUGUCUUUGAGUAUAUGGACUUCGUUAAGCAAUAUAGCGAAACUGUAUAUUCAUCAGUUAAUAAAUGA